UUUUAUUUAAACACCUAAGUAACCAUUCCAUAUCAUACAUAUAUAACAACUAAUUCCUAAAGAGAGACUCAGUCACAUUUCCCAUAUCAUAUUGUGUGAAGCAAAAAUCAGGUUAAUUAAAUAAUUAAUCAAAAACGUUUUGAGAUGGAAAAUGCAAAGGCAAAUGAAAAUGGUUACAAAAUUAACGUAAAGUUAAUGAGUGAACCAACAUUUGUGCAACCUUAUGAAGAAACAAAGAAAGGAAUGUAUUUCCUAUCAAACCUUGACCAAAACAUCGCGGUGAUAGUUCGAACCGUUUAUUGUUUCGAAAAAGCCGAGAAAGGGAAUGAGAAUUGCUUUGAAGUGAUUAAGAAUGCAUUGAAGAAGGUUCUUGUUGAUUAUUAUCCACUUGCUGGGAGAUUAAGUAUAAGUGAAGAGGGUAAGUUAAUUGUGGAUUGUACAGGGGAAGGUGCUCUGUUUGUUGAGGCUGAAGCUAAUUGUUUAAUGGAAGAGAUUGGUGAUAUUACAAAACCUGAUCCAAGGACUCUUGGUAUGCUUGUUUAUGAUAUUCCUGGUGCUAAACAUAUUCUUCAGAUGCCUCCUUUGGUUGCUCAGGUAACCAAGUUCAAAUGUGGAGGUUUUUCUCUUGGACUAUGCAUGAACCAUUGUAUGUUUGAUGGAAUUGGAGCUAUGGAGUUUGUGAACUCAUGGGGAGAAGUAGCAAGAAAUCUACCUCUCUCCAUCCCUCCAAUUCUCGACCGAAAGAUACUCGAGGCGCGAAACCCGCCAAAGAUAGAACAUUUACAUCAAGAAUUUGCUGACAUUAAAGACAAAUCCAACACAAGUAGUUUAUAUGAAGAUGAAAUGGUGUAUAGAUCCUUCUGUUUUGAUCCUGAGAAACUAAAAAACCUCAAGAAAAAAGCUAUGGAAGAUAAUGCAAUUGAAUCUUGCACAACUUUUGAAGUUCUUUCAGCUUUUGUUUGGAUUGCAAGAACACAAGCACUUAAAAUGUUACCAGAACAAGAAACAAAGCUUCUUUUUGCUGUUGAUGGAAGGGCUAAAUUUGAACCAAAACUUCCAAAAGGGUAUUUUGGGAAUGGAAUUGUGUUAACAAAUGCGGUUUGUAAAGCAGGUGAAAUAACAAAUAAGCCCUUGUCAUGCACUGUGAAAGUUAUUCAAGACGCAAUAAAAAUGGUAAAUGAUAGUUACAUGAGAUCAGCUAUUGAUUAUUUUGAGGUAACAAGAGCUAGGCCUUCUUUGGCAUGUACACUUUUGAUCACAACUUGGUCUAGGCUUGGUUUUCAUACUACUAAUUUUGGUUGGGGCGAACCGGUCCUUUCUGGACCGGUUUCGUUGCCGGAAAAGGAAGUGAUUUUGUUCCUUUCACAUGGACAAGAGAGGAGGAACAUUAAUGUGCUUCUUGGUUUGCCUGCUCCAGUCAUGAAGAUAUUCCAAGAUUUGAUGAUGCAUAUUUAGGAUCUUUUUAUAUUUUUAUUAUAUGAUGGUUAUGUUAUUUUUUAUUAUUAUAUAGUUCUAUCAUUUCUUGAAAGAGAAGUGAGUAUUUAUUCUAUUUAUGAAUUUAUUGGUGCUAAUCAAUAACUAAGCGCUUAUAUAUAUUGUUAUAUUGUUGAUGUAGUUUAUAUAUGGAAUAUAUUUUACAGUUUUCUCUUAA